AUGGAAAUAGCGAACGCAGUGGGGACCACUCCCGGGGCGGCAAGAAAUGCCAGGAUCGUAGAAGGCGUUGGAGCCCGAGUCAUAAGAGGCCCAGACUGGAAGUGGGGAAAGCAGGAUGGUGGAGAAGGCCAUGUUGGCACUGUCAGAAACUUUGAGUCCCCAGACGAAGUCGUCGUUGUCUGGGACAAUGGCACAGCAGCUAACUACCGUUGCUCGGGCCAAUAUGAUCUGAGAAUCCUCGAUAGCGCUCCCACGGGCGUUAAACACGAAGGAACGAUGUGCGACACAUGCAGGCAACAGCCGAUAUUCGGGAUCCGCUGGAAAUGCGCCGAAUGUGGCAACUACGAUCUGUGUUCGGUUUGCUACCACGGGGACAAACACCAGCUUCGCCACCGCUUUUAUCGGAUCACUACGCCAGGUAGUGAGCGCGUUUGCCUGGAGACCCGCCGAAAAACAAAGAAAAUCGCGAUUCGGGGCAUCUUUCCUGGUGCAAGAGUAGUUCGUGGGGUAGACUGGCAAUGGGAGGAUCAAGAUGGUGGUAAUGGCAGAAGGGGGAAGGUACAGGAGGUACAAGACUGGUCUGCAGCUAGUCCCAGGUCAGCUGCUUACAUUGUUUGGGAUAACAGUGCCAAGAAUCUUUACCGUGUUGGAUUUGAGGGGAUGGCUGAUCUCAAAGUUGUAAAUGAUGCCAAGGGACAGAAUGUUUAUAGGGAUCAUUUGCCUUGUUUGGGGGAGCAAGGACCAGGAAGGUCUGCCCCACCUGGUCUAAAAAUUGGAGAUCAAGUUAAUGUAGAUUUAGAGUUGGAAAUUGUCCAGUCAUUACAGCAUGGACAUGGGGGCUGGACUGAUGGGAUGUUUGAAUGUUUGAAUAGUAUUGGAACUGUGGUUGGAAUUGAUGAGGACCAUGACAUAGUAGUGGCUUACAGCAGUGGGAACAGAUGGACUUUUAAUCCAGCUGUGUUGACUAAAGUAGCUACUCCAACUAAUUCUGCCAGUUUCAAUGAAACACCUCAGCAACAGUUUGCAGUUGGAGAUGUUGUGCAAAUUUGCAGUGACAUGGAAAGAGUGAAAAUGUUACAGAGAGGUCAUGGGGAUUGGGCAGAUGGAAUGGCUGCAACCCUGGGCAAAGUGGGCCACGUCCAGCAAAUCUACAACGACAACGACCUCAAGGUCGAGGUGGGCAACACCACGUGGACGUACAACCCGCUGGCCGUGACGAAGCUGGCCAGCAAGGAUGGCACGAUGCACGCCACCACGUCGGGCGAACGUUUGUCGGCACUGCUGAAGAAGCUCUUCGAGACCCACGUGUCAGGGGACGUGAACGAAGAGCUGGUCAAGUCGGCUGCGAACGGCGAUGCGCAGAAACCGUGGAUUAAGAAGAAAGUAAACGUGAACAACAAUGAACAAUGGAAAAAUGAACUUGGUGUACAACUGGUUUUGGGCGCGGUUGCUUGA